UAGAUCAAUGGAGGCUAAAAUAAAAACUCUAUCAAAGCUAAAUUAAAAAAAAUAUAUAAAAUUAAUUAUAAACUAUAACUUGGAUAAAAUUAAAUUUUCAAAAGAAAAAAAAUAUGUCAAAUGAAAUAUUGUCAGAGAGUGCAAAUGAAUUUCUUGAUCUUGUAGAAACACAUUUAUCUUUACCGAUAUUGAUAAUCAUGGUUUUUUGCACAGCUCAUUUUGUCAUUAGUCACAUUUUAGAAAUUGUUAUGUCAAUAGCAUGUGCUUGGGAAAGUAGCUCUGAUAAUGAGCCAGAAAUAAAUGAACCUUGUCCAGCAUUUACAGAUAAAAUAAAAGGAAUGUUUUACAACUGCAGUUUGAUGCCAAGUGAAUCUGUAAAUGGACAAAGUACUUAUUCAUCACCAGUUGCAACAUCAAGACGUUCCGUAAAUACACGCUCAGAUAUAAGAAGUGUUGAUUAAUUUAAUUUAAUUAUAUAUAAAUAUAUUUUUAAUAUUAUUUUAAAAUUAAUAAUAUUAAUUUUAAUCACAUAAUGAUGAUUGUAUUUAUAUAAAUCACUGGGAAAAUAAUAAUUUUAAAAAUUAAAAACAUUUUUUUCUAUUUUA